CGACACGAGAACGAUGCUGCCUGUACUUGUUGGAAGCUUGGGUUAGUUUGUCAACCUGACCAGAUUUUACCAUGUACAUCAACACCACCGAGGGAUGAAUGUUAGGUCAUGGUGAGGUCAGGUGUUAGCGCGGUCGGAACCAUCCGCUCCCCUCAUUCUACAGCAGACAACAUGACUGCCAUCAUUCGCUACCUCCAAUUCAUCUACAUUGAAACCCCAUCAUGGCUCGCGCUGCAAUGAGCAAACUGUCCUGGGAGAGUCACGUCCUCCGUCCCGUGCAGAAUGCACCCCCAGCUAUCAUUCCCACACUCAUCUACGGCACCGCCUGGAAGAAAGACCAGACCGCUGAUUUGGUGCAUCAGGCACUCGGCGCUGGCUUCCGCGCCAUUGACACCGCAGCCCAACCCAAGCACUACCGCGAGGAUUUGGUCGGAGACGGCAUACGCAGGGCCCUCCAGGACGGAAAUGUCCGACGGGAAGAUCUUCAUGUCCAAACCAAGUUCACGUCCGUCAAUGGCCAGAGUCCGGACAAUAUGCCAUAUGACCCCAAGACCUCGGUGACCGAGCAGGUUCAUGCAUCCAUCAGGUCGUCGCUGCAUAAUCUCCGGCCGUCCGACCCGUCUGACAGUGUGGACGAUGCAUACAUUGACAUGCUCAUUCUGCAUUCCCCACUGCCGACCAUGUCCCAGACGCUGGAGGCCUGGUCGACGUUUGAGACGUAUGUGCCUCAUCGCAUCCGCAACUUGGGCAUAUCCAACACCGGCCUGUCCAUCCUGAAGGAGCUGUUUUCCCACGCGACAGUGAAGCCCGCCGUGGUACAGAACCGGUUCUAUGCCGAUACGGACUUCGAUGUGCCCCUGCGGGCCUUCUGCCGGGAGCACCAGAUCAUCUACCAGAGCUUCUGGACGCUGUCGGCCAACCCAGAGUUAGUGCGCUCCGAUGCCGUCCAGCUGCUGGCUCAUGAAGCAGACAUCUCCCCGGCUGCAGCUCUUUACUGUCUGGUGUUAGGCCUGGGGUAUACCACGGUGCUGGAUGGCACGACCAAGCGGCCUCAUAUGGAGGCGGACCUAGCCGCGCUGCAGAAGAUCGAACGGUUUACGGAGGACCAGCCGGAACUAUGGCAGAGAAUACUCGGACGCUUCCAGCAAUUGACGGGAGACCAUGGGCGAUAAGCCUCGUUUCAAAACCAUUGAUGGCUGCUUCUCUGUCUUUCUGUACUGCGUACCUAACUUCACGUAGUCACAAUUCCCGGUGAAGUGAAAAUUUGAAGCAGCAGAAUACCAUAGAAGCAUCCUGAAGCCUCUGGAAAUGAAACCAACUCUGGAUCAACGCUCCUGCAAGACGGGCCCAAUC